AUGUCAAGUAUCUUCACUGCCCCCGCCUCAUGCUCGGAGUCGUGGACAUUCGAACCAGAGGUUGCAAACAGUGUCCAAAAUGGUCUCCUACUGCAAAAUGCCGCGGCGAGCGACAAUGCUGAUCCGGCGUGUUUCCCUUCUGGAUACAAUCAUUAUGGAAGAGUUCAAGCAUCUCUUGUCUAUAGCCCAGGCUAUUGUCCAGGUGGAUACACCUCAGCCGAGUUAGCGGCUCAAAGUUCGACAACCGCUGCCAUCUGCUGUCCCUCUGCCUUCUCCUACUACGAGGAAGCAAGAGGCGACUCUGAGACAUUCGCCGGAUGCCUAAGUCGUCUUCCUAGUGGAUCAAGUACCAGUGUCACCGUCCGCCAGAACUCGACGAGCACAGAAGUCAGCGGCCCCAUCACGAUGUGGGCACAAGCAAUCCAAAUCGAGCUGCAAGCUUCGGACCUAAGCCUAUUUGUCUCCGCCACUACGACACCCACCACUACAACAACAUCAUCCGACACCUCAUCAGUUCCGACCAGCAGCGCAACCGCUUCAUCAACACCGACCAGCUCAACAGCCCCAAGCACGGGGUCUAGCGGCAUGUCGACAGGAGCAAAGAUUGGUGUUGGCGUCGGUGUCGGCGCAGGAGGUCUCAUUAUACUUGUCGCUCUGGUAUUCUGGCUCUUCCGCCGGCGUCAGAACAACCAAAAGAAGACUCUAGCAGAUGCACCAUCGUCAUUCGGAGGGAGCCGCACCGCACCUAGCGAGCUUGGUGCGGACGGUUUCGGUGCAAGCCCAUCAUACCAACGCGGGGGAUACGUAACACCAAGCGAGCUUGGGAGCGAGCCGGCGGGAUCAACUAGCAAGAACGCGAACACUACUCCUUCUGAACUAUACGCGGCACCCCCCGGUCCAAAGUUCGUACAUGAACUUGGUGCUUAG